AGCAGCUUCCGGAAGCCGGGGAGCGGGCACUUCCCGGGCGAGCCUGCAGCCCGCAGCGCGGGGUCGCGCAGACUUUAAGAAACAAUACAUAACAGACCUAUGGAAAAGUGCACAGAUCCGGAGUCCCGCCAAAGCGCUUCUCACGGGCUUGCUUGUGUAACCUGCAUUCAGAGCAAUCCCAGAUGCACGCCUGGCCAAGUGAAGCAGAGAACAGUCACUCUACCAAGUUGGGACCUUGAUGGCCGUUCCAUGGCUCUGUCCCCUCCUGCCGCUCCCCCGAUGCCUGCUCUCCCAGGGUUAGUUUGGAGGCCUGAGCUAUGGCCUCAUCAUCCUCUGUCCCAGCCUCUCCCGCUCAGUCUAAGAAGCCUCGAGACAAGAUAGCUGACUGGCUCAGGCAGACUCUGUUGAAGAAGCCCAAGAAGAUGCCGGUCUCCCAGGAAGGCCACCUCAGUGAUGGUUCACAGACAGCCACACAGGACUGUCUCCCGCCCGCAAGCCGCAGCUCACCCCCUAGCUGCAGCUGCUCACCCCCUAGCUGCAGCUCACCCCCGAGCCGAAGCUCAGGACUGUCGCUUGCCCUGCAACCAACACACAUGGACCCCAGCAGCGGCAGCGGCAGCAGCAGUGGCCGCUGGAGCAAAGAUUAUGAUGUCUGCGUGUGCCACAGUGAGGAGGACCUAGAGGCCGCCCAGGAGCUGGUCUCCUACUUGGAGAGUAGCAAGGCCAGCCUGCGCUGCUUCCUGCAGCUUCGGGAUGCAACUCCAGGCGGCGCCAUUGUUUCUGAGCUAUGCCAGGCACUGAGUAGUAGUCACUGCCGCGUGCUACUCAUCACCCCAGGCUUCCUUCGGGACCCCUGGUGCAAGUACCAGAUGCUGCAGGCCCUGACAGAGGCCCCGGGGGCGGAGGGUUGCACCAUCCCCCUGCUAUCCGGCCUGACCAGAGCCGCCUACCCGCCGGAACUUCGAUUCAUGUACUAUGUGGAUGGCAGAGGCCAGGAUGGUGGCUUUUACCAAGUCAAGGAGGCUGUCAUACGCUAUCUGGAAACACUAAGUUGACACUCAAGUUGUCACGAGAAAAGCCGGAAAUAGCUCACACCAGAUGCUGGGUUCCAGUAGCUAUGGCAGGAGGUAUCAGGAGCCAGAGCCAGCUGCACUCUGUACAAGACACAGGAUCAGAUUGCCACCAGCUUCCAUUACUGUGGGCUCCAAAAGAAGGCCAGGCAGAAGAUGGGGACCUCCCCCAAGGAGACCAGGAGGAAGAUGGGGACUCCCCAAGAAGGGCAGGAGAAAGCCAGGGACUCCCCCCUAGGAAGGCAACGAGGAAGUCAAUGGGUUGUCAAGAGAUUGUGAUAUCAGCAGGGUCAGCAGUAUCUUGUCUGCUGCUUAACUGGACAGGAAGCUGACACAUAGCUAGCUGCCUUCUUCCCCCCAGAAUCAAGCACUGGGGUAAAUAGGUACUAUUCUUCAAGAGGGAAGAGCCUGAUUGAUGAGCUAGAAAUCAAUGUUCUUCCCAGUUGCCUAGGGAAGCCGGGAAGAGGUGGCAGGUAUCAGGUCCUUCACACACACUCACACUCCUUCCCAGAGUUGUCAGCCCACUUCAAAAAGCUGGAAGAGAGGCACAUCUAGCCCCACACUGGAUUUUACUUACUGAACAACUGAACAAAUGUCAUUUUAAAUUAUGAUUUUUGGGGUUACAUAAAAAAUAUUCUAAAGGAUAUGAUACCAUACUCAUGCACCUACCACCUUAAUAUAUAAAAUACAAUAAGAAAACCUUAUUCCUAACAUGCUUGUUUUCUUUAUGUUCUGAAUUCCAGGCCCCUCAUGUUUCCUAACAAAAAUAACCAAUAUUCUGAAUUUUGAAGUUGUCUUGAGCUUUUCUGUAUGAAAUUUCUGUAGAUUUAUGCAUCCCAGCAAAACGUUAUUUAUUUUUAUGACUUUGUCUUUUAUGCAAUUGCAUGACGAUGUACGUUCCCUUGUGUGACAUGUUUGUGAGCUAUGUCCACAUAGUUGUGUCUCUCAUGAGUUUCCUCUUGUUUUAGGUCAGCGUUCUCACCCUGUGGGUCAAACAGUCCUUUCACUGGGGUCACAUGUCAGAUAUUCUGCAUGUCACAUAUUGAUGAUUCAUAACAGUAGAAAAAUGACAGUUAUGAAGUGGCAAUGAGAACAAUGUUAUGGUUAGCCGUCGCCACAACAUGAGGAACUGUAUUAAAGGGUUGCAACAUUAGGAAGGUUGAGAACCUCGGCUCUAAGAUCACUUUAAAACAAAUUCCAGGUGCUUUCCCCCUAAACAUUGAAUUCCAUACCUCUAAAUCGUGAGGGCUUUUUUUUUUAAAGCAUGAUAAAGUCACAUUUUCACCUUAAUGUAAAACGCUGUCUAUGAAGCUGUAGUCGGUGCCUUUUUUGUCUUACAAAAUUCUUCCUGUGUGGUUAUUCCUACUUUCUACAUUCAAUCUUGUAAAAAAAAAAAAAAGUUGGUUAUAUUUUCUUUCACAGUAUUUCUAUUCAUAUUUAGAUCUUUACUCCACUUGGGGUUGUUUUUGUUUGUCUGUUGUUUGUUUUGGGCUUUUUGAAAUGGUC